AACAUGUUAAAACUACUGGGCAGUUUGGGUCGCUCCUGCUGCUCGUCAGCCAAGUCGGGAUUCAAGAUCCAGCCAAGUUGUAUUUCAAGGAUUUGGUUUGGUCCGAUGCCCAAGGAUUCGAAUUGGAUUAAACCAGGUCGACUUCACUACAUCGAAAACGAUGUGGAGAAACAAGUGGACAUUAUCAAAACCAUUGAUGGUGUGGUGGUGAUUCUGUACAACAAAGCGCGGGAAAAACUAAUCUUCGUGCGUCAGUUCAGGGGAGCAGUUUACCAGGGAAUACAUUCGGCUGGAUCACCGGACAUGUCCAAGGGAGAAGCUGAUCUGGAGCAGUUUCCUCCCGAAGUGGGUGUUACCUUGGAGCUUUGCGGUGGCGCCGUGGACAAGGACAAAAGCCUGGCGGAGAUCGCCAAGGAGGAAGUCCUCGAAGAGUGCGGUUACGAGGUGCCCCCCGAAUCCCUGCAGCAUGUCUACGACUAUAGAUCGGGUAUUGGUACCUCAAGUAGUGCCAUGUCCCUGUUCUACUGCGAGGUGUGUGAUGCUCAGAAGGUCUCGGCAGGCGGAGGCAUUGGAGAGGAGAAAAUCCAGGUGCUAGAAAUGUCCUUGGAGGAGUCGAGGCAGCUGGUCCAAACUGGGGCCACCACCAAUGGUGGACCCUCCUGUUUGCUGGGGCUGCUGUGGUUCUUUCUGCACAAGGCACCCAAGGUUUCAGCAUAGCAUAGUAGUCUCAAGCACUCAAAAUAAACUAAAAUAAUUAAAUAA